AUGCACGAUCCAACAGAUCGAACUACAAAUUCAUUAUCAUCAUCAACGAUGUUAUCAAGUCCAAAUCGUUUAUUAAAUACUCAUGCACCAAAAUUAAGUCGACCAUCUCAUCAACAAAAUCUUGCAAAAAAAAUGAAAGUUAGUCAUGUAAAUGGUGUACGACCAACAUCUCAUGAAGGAAGUUCAGCAGUUCGAAGUUAG